UUUAAAGAGCCGAGCCUCGUCUGGGUUACUUGCAUGCUGAAUAUUAUGUUUUAAGGAUUGAGUGCGUGGAUAGCUGGUAGUAACUCAACUCUUAACCGAUAACAUUUGGUUCCCACUGAAAUGUGAGAAACAGAUGUUAAGAGUUUAAUUGACACUGUUAGAGUUGAUUUAACACUGGACAGUUGUUUUUUUGUACAGCGCGAUUUACAAACUUUACUUUAGAAACUUCGCAGUCUGCUUCACCGUGGUUGUUUCUGUUAAUGUGUUUGAAAAUGUGCAUAUCGCUUACUUUCAGAUUGACGCUUCAUAGGGUCUUGUUGGCUACUAGUUUGUCUCCUACCAGCUUGCUACAUCGCCACAGAGAGGGAAAGAAAGACAGUCGUGGGUGAUCAUGAUCUACAUCUUACCGCCUGACUUUUUAGAAGCGAAAGUAUGUGUUCGGGGGUAUUGAUGCUAUAAAAUCCGCGGCGAAUGCACCCCCCAUCUCACUCGCUGCCAGUGUUAGUUUGAUGGAGGGACGGAGGAAAGAGAAAGACUCGUGAGGGGAGGGAGCGCGAGGAUUCUAUCUGACACCAAUUUGGGACACAUGUUGCGUUAAAGGACCACCUCCUCCCUUCGCUCUACACAAAGCGGACUUUAGUUGUUCUUUCACGUUUCUUUCUUUCUCGGAGUAGCCAUCUGGCUCGCCACUUGUGUCGUUUUUUGUCUUUUGAGUUUUUGAAAUUUGGUAACGGCAGUAUGGAUCUGAGUAAAAUGGCGGUGAGCAUCAACAAGGCCAUCAACACCCAAGAGCUCGCCGUCAAAGAGAAGCACGCCCGGACUUGUAUCCUGGGAACGCACCAUGAGAAAGGUGGCCACGCCUUCUGGGCGGCGGCCAAUCGGCUGCCACUCUCCAGUAACGCCGUGCUGUGCUGGAAGUUCUGCCACGUCUUCCACAAGCUGCUCCGGGACGGGCACCCCAACGUCAUAACGGACUCCAUGAGAAACAAAGCAGACCUGAGCGACCUGAGCAGGAUGUGGGGUCACCUCAGCGAAGGUUAUGGGGCACAGUGCAGCAUCUACCUCAAGCUCCUCGUCACCAAAAUGGAGUUCCACGUGAAAAACCCCCGUUUCCCAGGCAACCUGCAGAUGACAGACAGACAGCUCGACGAAACGGGAGAGAACGAUGUCAACAACUUUUUCCAGAUGACCGUGGAGAUGUUUGACUACCUGGAGUGUGAGCUCAACCUCUUCCUGGCGGUGUUCAGCUCUCUGGACAUGUCGCGCUCUGUUUCGGUGACGGGGGCUGGACAGUGUCGGCUGGCCCCUCUGAUCCAGGUGAUCCUGGACUGCAGCCACCUGUACGACUACACCGUGAAACUGCUGUUCAAACUGCACUCCUGUCUUCCUGCAGACACCCUGGAGGGUCACAGGGACCGCUUCUUGGAGCAGUUUAAAAAGCUGAAGAGUCUGUUCUAUCGCUCCAGCAACCUGCAGUACUUCAAGAGACUCAUCCAGAUCCCCCAACUUCCUGAGAACCCCCCAAAUUUCCUGCGGGCAUCAGCGCUCUCCGAGCACAUCAGCCCCGUGGUGGUGAUACCCCUGGAGGAGUCCUCACCUGAGACUGAGCACCUGGAGGAGCCCUCACCUGAGACUGAGCACCUGGUGGAGACCGGGGACCUGGUGGACAUGGACAUACCCCCUGCACAACAGGGCUCAACGGAGAACCGAUUUGACGAUGUCUUUGGGACGUCCUCCUCCAGGGACCCCUUCAACUUCAACGGUCAGAACGGAACGCGCAAGGAGGACAAAGACCGUCUGAUCGAGCAGCUCACCCAGGAGCUGCAGGUGCUUAAGGAGGAGCUGGAGACCUUCAGGGUGGAGAGUGGCCGGCUGCGCCAGGCGCUGCAGGGGCGGGUCAGCGAGCUGGAGGCGGAGCUAGCGGAGCAGAGGCACCUGAAGCAGCAGGCGCUGGGCGAGAGCGAGUUCCUGCGGGCGGAGCUGGAGGACCUGCGCCGCGUGAAGGAGGACACGGAGAAGGAGCAGCGCAGCGUCAGCCAGAUCGAGAGGAAAGCCCAGGCUAAUGAGCAGCGCUACACGAAGUUGAAGGAGAAGUACAGCGAGCUGGUGCAGAGUCACGCAGACCUGCUGAGGAAGAACGCGGAGGUGACUCGGCAGGUGACGUUGGUGCAGGUGGCGCAGGAUGAGGUGGAGGGGGCACGGAGGGAGAUGCAGGAGAAGGUGAAGGCCGCGCUGCUGGAAGCCCAGCGACAGGAGAGGGAGCAGCUGCAGCAGACUCAGGCCCUGCACACAGACCUCCUGAGCAGCAGGGUGGCGCUAGACACACUGAGGGACAACAUGGCCGCCUCACAGCAGUCGAGGGAGGAGUUGAGCUCCAGGCUCUCAGCCCUGGAGAUGGAGAGGGCGGGGCUAGCGGGGGCAGUGGCUCAGAAGGAGGCGGAGCUUGUGGGGCUGGGGGAGGAGCUGGAGGGAGCUCGCAGCAGAUUGGCCCGUGAGCGUGAGACUGCAGCGAAGGCCGCGGAGACCCUACAGAACCAGCUGAGCGCCAAGGAGAGCCGGGAACUGGCCCUGGAGAAGCAGCUGGUGGCAGCGCCAUGGACGGCUCUCCAGGGGGCGCUACAGGAGGCGGAGGGCAUUGUGCAGGACUCUCUGUCCCGGCUGGACGACCCAGCGCACCUCGGCUGCACCGGCUCAGCAGAUUACCUGGUAUCCCGGACCCAGGCUGCCCUCGACUGUGUGGAUGAGCUACAGGCUGCCAGGGCCCAGUACCUGUCUGACCAAACAGGUGUGUCACAGAUGCUUCAGUGGGUCGCCAGGUUUGCCCACCUGGUUGGCGACACCAUGGUGCAGGGCAGCGCCAGCUCACACCUGGCACCUGCGGACCAGGCGGACGCGCUGGCGGACGGUGUGCGGGUGUGUGGUACCGAGUCGCUGGUGCUGCUCAGGCAGCUGAAGGAGCAGGAGACUCUGGGCGUGGCCGACGGUCAGAAUCUGACCGCGGCGCUGAACCGCGUCAGGACCACAGCGGAGAAGCUGAGGCCGCGGGGGCUGGAGCUUCAGGGGGAGCUGGAGCUGGGUGAUCUAGUGGAGCAGGAGAUGGCCGCCACCUCCGCCGCCGUGGAAACUGCAGCUGCUCGGAUAGAGGAGAUGCUGAGCAAGUCUCGAGCUGUCGACACAGGGGUGAAGAUGGAGGUCAACGAAAGGAUCCUGGCGUCCUGUACUGAGCUAAUGCAGGCCAUCACAGAGCUGGUUCUGUCCUCCAAACACCUGCAGAGGGACAUAGUGGAGGGUGGGAGGGGGGCAGCGUCAGUUAAGGAGUUCUACGCCAAGAAUUCCCGCUGGACGGAGGGCCUGAUCUCGGCCUCUAAAGCAGUGGGCUGUGGCGCCACGGUGAUGGUCGAUGCGGCUGACCUGGUGGUUCGGGGUCAGGGGAAGUUUGAGGAGCUGAUGGUGUGUUCUCAUGAGAUCGCUGCCAGCACAGCACAGCUGGUGGCUGCUUCCAAGGUGAAGGCGGAGAAGGACAGCCCCAACCUGACCCGCCUGCAGCAGGCCUCCCGCUGGGUUACCCAGGCAACCGCCGGGGUUGUGGCCUCCACCAAAUCUGGGAAGUCUCAGAUUGAGGAGACAGACACCAUGGACUUCUCCAGCAUGACUCUCACUCAGAUUAAAAGGCAGGAGAUGGACUCACAGGUGCAGGUGCUGCAGGUGGAGGCUCUGUUGCAGAGGGAGAGAGAGAGACUCAGGGAGCUGAGAAAGAAGCACUAUGAGCUGGCCGGCGUGGCAGAGGGCUGGGAGGAGGAGGAGGAGGAGGAGGAGGGUACAGGCUGA